CAAAAAUUCUCUAGUUCCGAAUGGUUUUUACAAUUGUGUUGCGCUGGGGAAAGUGUAAAAAUUUAAGAUUCGUAGGAAUUUUUGUGUAAAUAUUAUUAAAUAUAUAUGAUAAAAUGAGCAAAAUAUAUGCAAAUAUUGGCAUAAUUGUGUGACCGAAGUGAAUAUAAGUACAAAAAAUAGUUUUUUUUUGAGGAAUUACUGCAAUAAAACGGGAGGAGAAAUUGAUGACGGCCAAGAGUAUGUGCGUGCGUGUUUUUGUGUGUGAGCUUGUGUUGUUCACGGAUAAAAUAUAAUUAAAAAAUAUGCAGAGGAAGUUAUCGCGAUAAGAAAUUAAAUAUUUAAAAUCUCAAAAGUUUGCUUUCUGUGUACUAUUUAUAACAGAGGUAAAACUUAAUCGAAUAUACAAAAAUUAGUUAAUUAGCUAUCAUAGCUUUCUCAAGCUUACACUGAUCUGAUAAAAGAGCAGAGUGGACGUUAUUAAAGACAAAGCGGGGGCGUCAUAUAUUUCGUAUUGAUAUUGGUGAAGUCUUAUGGUUUAAAAAUAUAUAAUGUAAAACAAUAACGGACGGGUACUAUUAACCAAUUUCUUAUGAAGGUAUGAGCUGGGCUUUUAGCUGAACAAUGACAUCAAUGGCCAAAACCAAUCAAAAAACCGGAACAACAGCAGAUGCAUUUAAAACAUUAUUUGCAAAUAAUAAUAAAUCGUGCUCUGGCAGUAUAUGCAGAGAUACAUUAUUUUUGUAAAAGAAAUAAUAAAGUGAAGUUGAUACUACAUCAACAAACAGUCAUUCCAACGUGUACUGCUUAACUCAUAGCAGCCCUCGGAGUUCAGUGCCACAAGCUAUCGCUAAGCGCCCGCACAAUCGCUUCUUGUUUAGUAAAAUAUACAAGAAUUAAAUAAAAACAAAAUUUGCAACCAUGAAUUCAACUGUGUACACCAAUAGUGUCACUAUCAUCAGCAGUAACAGCAAUAGUCACAAUCACAACAACAGCGCCAACAUCAACAAUAUUACAAUUACAAGUAAUAGCAAUGCGAAUAAUACAAAUAACUUGCCUGCCUCCACACCCGUAGCUACGAACCAUACAACAACUACGCACAUAACAACAACAACAAGUAGCGAUACAACAGUUUUAACAGCGGCAGCUGGAGGUGAUGCCGCAAAUGUGCCGCUUAUGACCAAUAAUACAAGUAACAAAAGCGUAGCAGCGCUUGAUGAUCAAGAGGCGUUACUACAACGCGCCGCAGAUGAACGUGAAGCAAUUUUCAAUCGUUACUCGUUGGGUUUGGAUCCCACUAAUGUGGUCGACCCUUGGGAGAAUCCUACAUUUGAGCUCUACCAUAUUACGGAUAAAUAUGGCUUCAUGCACGAUUCCCGCCUGCCCGACACCCGCGACUCACAGGAGCUACAGCGUACCAAAAUCGAAUUGGAGCGCGACAAGAAAUGGAUGAAAAUGCUUGCCAAUUGGAAUCCCAAUAAUGAGAAAGUGCGACGACGUGUCUUCAAAGGUAUACCAGAUCGUAUGCGUUGGCCAGCAUGGAAAAAAUUGCUGAAUGUUGACGAAUUGAUUGCCGCCAAUCCAGACAAGUACGCGUCUAUGUUGGCAUUGGCGCGUAAAUACUCCACCGAGGUGCGUCAAAUCGAUUCGGAUGUAAAUCGACAAUUUCGUGAUAAUGUCGCUUACCGUCAACGGUAUAGCGUUAAACAGUGCUCCCUCUUCAAUGUGCUAAAUGCGUAUAGUAUAUAUAAUCCAGAAUUGGGUUAUUGUCAGGGUAUGGCAUGUCUGGCGGGUGUGCUAUUGCUCUUUAUGCAGGAGGAAGAGGCAUUUUGGGCGUUAAAUCAAUUAAUUAUAGAUCGUAAAUAUGCUAUGCACGGUCUGUUCAUUGAGGGCUUCCCAAAACUGACGCGCUUCCUUGAACAUCACGAUCGGAUACUGUCGAAGAUGAUGCGUAAAUUGCAUCAACAUUUCAUGAAGCACAAUGUCGAUGCCAUUCUUUACUCGAUUAAAUGGUUCUUUGUGAUCUUCGUGGAGCGGAUACCAUAUAGUUUAGCUUUGCGCGUGUGGGACAUUUAUCUGUUGGAGGGUGAACGUGUCGUCACUGCGAUGGCCGUCACCAUACUAUAUUUGCACAAACAGGAAUUGUUGCGUCUCAAAGAUAUGGACUCAAUUAUUGAAUACUUGCAAGUGAAAUUGCAUAAGAAUUUCGGUUACAACGACGAUUACGUAAUUGAGGCACUCGAACGUAUGUUGAAAAAGUUGAAAGAAUUGAAAUUGGAUGUAGCACCGCCCCCAAAAGCGAAUGAGUUCCCUGUUCGACCGUUAGGACAAUUCGUGGAGGCGGAUGUUGAGAAAAAGAUCGGGCGACGACGUUCCGAAUAUACCGAUACGGAAAAACAAGUUAUAACUGAUGUGAUAUUGAGAUCUGAACAAAAUGCAGUAGAAGUACAAUCAACUAUGUCGUAUGAGACCUCUGAAUGCGCUACCGGUGAUGCAUAUUCAAUGAAAACGUAUCGAAGUAUCACUAGUUUAGCCACCUCACCGGCUGUUAGCAGUUAUUCACUAUAUAGUAAUGGAUUUGUUGUCACCACCAACAAUAAAUUAUACAAUGACAUUGAUAACAAUGCUUACAAUAACGGUCACAAUCACAACCACAGCCAGAGUUAUUUACAUAGGCACAGUAAUAGUUAUAGUUACAGCCAUACAAUGUUACCGUUACAAAAUCAUACAGACGUUGACGUUGACUAUUCGAAUGUUGUUGAUUUACCGCCAGACUUUAAUGAAAAUGCUGACAUUGAUGACGAUGAACUCAGCGUACAAAAUACUCGGCUAUAAAUUUAUAUACUAGAAAAUAUUCAAAAAAAAAACUAAGUAAUUCCACAUUUACCAGCGCACUAAAUAUGUAUUUAUAAGCUUAUUAAUAAAUUUAAUAAUUAAAAUAAAUAUAUGUAGUUAUUACAAUAUGCCAAUUUAGCUAGCCUUAAGCUUAAAAUAUGCGAUAAUAAUGUAAUGCUAUUGCGUUUAUAAAAUAUAUAUAAAAAUUAUAGCAUUUAAUAUUUUUUGUUUGAAAACUAUUUUAGAAAAGCUUGCAUAUUUGUAGGCUGAAUAUAGCAAAUGCGCAAAACUACAGUCAUCUAGCUCACAAAAUAUUUGAAAAAUGUUUUUUUUAUAUUACAUUUAAUAUUUUUCGCCUAUAAAUUGAAUUUAUUACCUUAAAUACUAACAAAUAACAGCCUAAAAUAUUAAGUACAUAUAUAAAUAUUUUUUCCCCUAAUAUGAAAAUUUAUGCCGCGAAAUCGAAUCAGAAAAAGAUUAAUUUGUACUACAAAAUUUUUUAUAUUAAAAUUAUGAGGUUUACACAUACAUACAUACAUAUAUUUUUAUGUUUAAUUAAAUUCUCCUAUUGCCAAAAAUUACAUACCUCCUUUACAACAUAUUAUAUACAAAAACCAAUUUACAGUUGUUAAAAAUAUAAUUAACAUAGGCUGUUAGAAAUGUUCCAUUAGCUGUUAUUACUAAUAUAUAGUGACAUUGCUAAGCAUCGUAUUCGCUAUAUUCAGUCUAUAACUUAUAUAAUUAUAUAGCGAAAUUCAGUAUAUAACUCCUAGCAUUGUAUAGUAUAGCUUUAAAAAUUUUGUUUUCCAUAUUGUAGCUUGCCUUUUUGCUAAGCACACAUACUGCUAAAUGUGUAUACUUUAUAAAAAAAAUUGCCAUUGCAAAAAAAGCAUAAGUAAUUAGUUAGAUUUUAUAAUUACUCAAUAUGUAUUUGUAAACUUUAGAAUCUCUCUUCAAUAAUACUAUGCUUUACACCUAUUGUCAUACUUAUUUUACUUCAAACAUUGCCUAUUGCAAACAUUCCCUUAAUGCAAUUAUUGUAUAUUUUUUCACAAAAGUUAUUAAGUAAAAGUGGUACACAAUAUUUUACUGAAUUAUUAGCUGAAUUCAAACAUUCUUUAAUAAUAAUUCCACAUUCAUUUUGUGCGCUUAAAUGGAAUAACAGUAAUUUUUUAAAAGUUUAUACAUAAUUUCGCACAUAUAAUUGCAAAGAAAACACGUGGGAUUAUUUAUUUAUAAUAUACAUAUGAAGUUUCAUAACGCAAAAUAUAUUUUUUGAGGUUAUAUACUCUUUUCAAUAAUACCUAUUGGGAACUACUGAUUUGCAUUUGUGUUUUUAUGAUCAAAUAACUAGAAUUCAUUUCAGAUUCCGCUUAAUACUGUUUAAAUUUCGGAUAUUUUCCAUUAAUUAAUGUUUUAUUAUAUCUUAGGUGCAUACAGCACCUUUUAACUUUAACGACACAUGCAGUCAGUUUGUUUCAAUUAAAUUGUAAUUACACACAAGCAACAGUGUUUUCUGUUUAUGUUGGGAGGAUUAAAUAUAUUAGUAAUUCAACAAAAAAAUAUAAAAAUAUAAAUAUUUGUAAACAUUUAUUAUUAUUAUUUUUUUUAAUUUUUGAUUUGUUUUUCUAAAAACAUCAAUUAUUGUUCAAAAUAUUUUUUAAUAGAAUUUAUUUAUUUUUGAAUAAGUUAAAUAACUUUUUCUCCACAAGUCACUAAAAUCAUAUUCUUGUUCCAGAAUACCGUAUUGUUUGUACGCAAAGCUAAUAUUUUAGACGCUGAAGCCAAAUUUUCUGAAAUAUUUCAAAUUGUUAGUUACCAGCACGAUUUUUAUUUUGCAACUAUUUAGUUUCGAAGUCUAUAAUUUCAAUCAUUUUGUAUAUUAUACAUAUGUAUGUAUGUAUGUGUGUAUGUACAUGUACAUAUGUACAUAUAUUCAUUGUGCUUAUAAUAUAAACUUGUAAUUCCUAUUUUAUUCCUAUAUAACUAUUUUAUACUAUAUACCAAUACUUAUUUAUUUAUAUAUUAUGCUUACAAUGCGAUACCUGUACCAUGAUAUUUAUUUACAACUAUGUACUUCAUCUAUAUACAAUACUUAUAUAUACCUACUAUAAAAUAUGUGAAAAAUAUAAAUUUUUGUGCAUUUAUAAUGUCAUUUAAUUAGUUAGCGCUUUUUGUACGCCUGGCGUCAGUAACUUGCAAAAAGUGCUUUAAAAGUUAACGAAUUUUCAUUUAAAUAUCGAAAGUCUACGCAUUUCAUACUUUGCACUGUAGUAGUGUGUUUAUAGCAUUAAAAAUGUACUGAAAUUUAAAUAAACAUAAAUAAUUAAAUUAUAAAUAAAAAUUAUUUAAUUUUUAAAGUUAUGAUUUUUAUUCACAUAUCCAUUAAAUACAGCUCGGCUGAGGCAAAAGAGGACAUUUUGAUUUUUGUAGAGAUAAUAUACAAAAUUCUUGACCUAUUUUACUUCAAAUAAAACUACAUUUUGCUGAGUUACAUUAAAAAUGUAAAAUCUAUAAGAUUAUUAUGAUGAAGAAAACUUUUUUUAUUGAUGGUGAUCGCAAAUUGGUUAGCGGCAGUUCUUCUGCUGACGUCAAAUUAGCGACUAUUUGCAAACGGUUGUAGUAUAGUUGGUAGUUUUUUGUGCAAAAAAAGUUUUCUUUGACAACUUAUUUUCAAUUCUCUCUGAUGAUAUUUCUUAUUAAAGGUUAUUAAGGUAAUCAUUUUUUUAACGAAAAUGUAAGUGCAUUCGCAGCACUUCGUGAGGGAAUCGCAAAUAUUUUUUAAAAGAUUUUUUUAUUUUCUAAAAAGUUUUAAAAAUAUUAUCUAUUUUAGAAAGUUUUUGAAUAUAUGUAUUAAAGUCUACGGACACCUUAAAAUGUUAACAGAGCGGUUAUCACCUCAAAAUUAUGUAAAACUUAGUGAUUAGUGCCAUAAGCCACACAUUAUAUAUACAUAAUUUUUUAUAAAUUCUUUAUCUAUAUUUUUUCGAAUGAUGCAUAUACAUAUGUAUUUUUCUACAUCCCUUUUCCAAAAAUAUAUUUUUUCAUUGGUACUUAUUUAAUAUUUUAUAAUUAUUUGUAUAUUGCAUACCUACAACUAACAAAUCUUAAAAAAUAUUUUUUUAUUAAAUUUAAGCAUGCGCGUUUUAUGCUCGAAAUUAUUAAUUGCACUUUUAUAAUUGUUUGUUUAACCGAAAAAAGUUAUGUAACAAUAAUAAUAAUUAGUGUGUGUAUAAUUUUUUUAAUAUUUAGCAUGUGCUCGAAAAUGUAUUUCAUAAAGAACAUUACAUAAAAGUCGUAUAGUUCAUCAAAUCGUAAAUAAUUGAAUAUUUCGUGACUGCGUUAUGGCCUCGCGCACGCACACCAACUAGCUUAUCUCUGAUUUCUGAAAACUUAAUUUUAUGAUUAGGUAUUCAGCCCAAAUACUAGCGUAUUUUGUCAAUUAGUUUGUCAACUCUGCAUAACAGUAAAUAGAAUGAACAACUUGCAUACUUAACACCUCUCCAGUACUAACAUUACAACGCUUAUCCUACCAAAAUUUGAUUUUAAACUUUAUAAAGCUAGGCGCCACGCCACACACACUUGCAACCACAACUUUCCUAUGUAUUAGAAAAACACGCAUUUAUUUACUUGCUCUCUUCUUCAUUUAUUGCAAAAAAGUAGUUCUCUCCACAUUUAUUCAAUUAAAUUUAUACAAACAGAAAAAUUUUACAUACAAAAUAUUAAUAAAAAAUUGGUAUUUUUUGCUUUUGUAAAUAAUUUCACAACAAUAUUGGCUUGGUUGAAACAAAAAAAAACAAAAUGUGGCCCUAAACGAAAAUUAAAAAAAAAUUAUUAAAUAACGUGUAUUGGAUAAACACAAACCUUGUUAAAAUAAAUGCGCAACAAAAAUGAAAAAUUAAAUUUUGAAAUUUUUAUGUUUAAUUCGUUUACUGUUACGCAAAAAAAUUGGACAACAACAACCACUUUCACGUACAACAAAAACGAAACGACUAAAAAUUUUAUAAUUCCCAAAAAUUUUAUGGAAAAACAUCUUUUGCCACAAUUGAAAAUUUUCUCUACCCACAAUAAUGAACAACAAAAUAUCCAUCACCGACAAUUGCCUCAAAUUAAACUAAAAAACAAA